AUAAACUUAUUAAAUAGAUAUUUGAAUGUCUGGCGAACCAAAUAUAGAAGUCAGUUUGGACCUUAAUGAGGAAGAUAGUGUGAGUGGUGUGCCCAUCCAUGGCCAGAUGGACGGGGGAGGGGCAGGAGUGUCUGUCUCGUAUGGAUAUGGGGACACAAAUAGAGACCCGAAGAACGCAAAUACCAUGUCAUCCUACAGCAACCAGUCAUCUGCCCAUUUUUCAACACUAGACGAAAGUAUAGUGGACACAGUUCUCAGAGAUGCUAAACGAGUUGGUCACAAAUUCUUGGCUGCUCUCGUGCCUAGACAGGACAAAAUGUUGCUACGAGAAUGGGAUUUGUGGGGACCGUUGUUCCUCUACGUCUGUUUGGCCUUGUUGUUGCCCAACAAUGGAUCCAAAGACUCCUCGCAUGAAGAUGGCAGCGAGUUCGUUACUGUCUUUGUCCUAGUGUCUGUUGGAUCUAUAGUUGUCACCGCCAACACACAGCUCCUAGGAGGAUCCAUCUCCUUCUUCCAGUCCCUCUGUGUAUUGGGAUACUGUGUGCUUCCGCUCUUUUUCUCCCUCGCUGCAUGUAGGGUAGUGAUGUUGUUGACUUCAGAAGGCGUCGGCAUACUCUCCUGGUCCUUUCUAAUCAGACUCAUUUUUGUCAUCGGCGCUUUUUCCUGGUCUAUAUACGCCUCAACAGUAUUCAUGGCAGACUGCAGACCACCCAACAAGAAGGGACUAAUCUCCUACCCAAUCUGUCUUUACUACUUCGUGCUAGGCUGGCUAGUCCUGUUCAGCACACAGCAGUGACAUCAGCUGAAGGGACCGACUGGAAAGCCUCCUUCAGAUUGCCUACAAAAAUGAAUCACAAUCAAAACUGAUCGACAGUAGAUGGAACAGAUACUGCUGGAUCGUUGCGAUCGCUUCCAUAAACCUGUUCAAAAUGGGAGUGAACGUUUAUUAAAAACUUAAUUAGAUCAAUUUUUUGAUGUGAAUUAAUGUCUUUCAAUGUCGUUAGCUAAAGUAUCAAUAUAGGCUAAUAAUAUGAGAUGAUCUGAUCAGAAAAAUCAAAAUGGUAUAAAUAUGAGCUUGUGAUUAUAAUCAAUUAAUUGGGACUUGGUUUCUUGCGCAGUUUUGUGGCUGCUGACUGAGCUUUGUUUUCAAGGUGUACUGCUUAGAAUGGCAAACUUGGAUUUUAAGUGGCUUAUAUUUCAUUCGAAGGACAGUAACCUGAAAUUAAGCUGAGUAGUUCAGUAAUUCUUCAAUUUCCGCAGUCAGCUUCGUAUUUCAUUAUUCCUUAAAGCAUAUCAAUAGCAUCAAUUUUUGAUUUUUUUUCAAUUUGUAUCCAUAAUGUUUUGUACGUACGUGCGUUUUUCCUCUAUGAAAGGGUGCAUAAAGUUUAUUAUGGGUUAGAUUUAUUUUUAAUUAUUGUUGAAUUCACUUUGUCUGAGGA